AUGGCGCUGUCGAGACGCUCACACGCAAAGAGCCGCCUCGGAUGUAAGACGUGUAAGUCGAGGAAGGUCAAGUGUGAUGAGCAGAAACCAGAAUGCAGAAAUUGUGUCCGUCACAAUGUGCCCUGCGAUUUCCUCGAGAGCUGCGCCAAGGUGUCGGCUCUCAGCCCGGCUCCUUCAAACGGACUGGGAGGCAAUCUGAACAUGGCUGAUCUCGAAUUGCUUCACCACUAUUCGACGUAUACAUACGUCACCCUGUCCGAGCAACUGGUUAUGCGGGACUACUGCCGGAUCAAUCUUGUGCAGAUAGGAUUCAAGUAUGACUAUAUCAUGAGGACAUUGCUGGCCAUCUCCGGUAUGCACUUGGCGCACCACCGGAAACAGUCCUUUGACUAUUAUACGUCGCUGGCAGCAGCGCAUCAUGAAGCAGCAACACGAACAGCUAUGGAGCUGAUGAAAGAUCUCAAUGCAGAGAAUGCACCAAUGCUCUUCCUCUACUCGAGCCUCACAAUGUACUAUGCACUGGGCGCACCACGCCAGAAAUCCAACUUCCUGCUCGUCGGUGAGAGUGGUUUCCCAGAUUGGAUGUUUCUGCUGCGUGGUUCCCGCCUCUUUCACUCCUAUCUCACAGAGGAUGGCGCAUUGGAACCUCUAUUACACGAUGCCAGGCAACGCUGGAUCAGGAUGUUCUCAGCUCGUUUGCCUGAUGAUGACCCAGCCAAGAGGCACUUGGACAAUAUUGGGAAGAUGAUCGCGGAAGAGACAACAACCGCCAUCACGGCCGCAGAAGACAAAGCUGAUGACAACGAGCGGGAGGCGACGGUAUCGCGGCUGCGCCAUAACCAAAACGUCUACCUAGAAGCCAUCUCCAAGAUGGAGCACGCUCUCGCCGGGUGCCGGCGCACAGCAUCCCCGGACGACGGGGUGCGGCGGGGCAGCGGCGUCUACGAGGACGGUGUCGCCGCGCGCAUGGCCUUUAUCUGGCUGUUUGAGGUGACGGAUGGAUUGCUGCCCCUUCUGCAGACCGAACCGACCCCGCAAGAGGCUGCUGUUCUGCUUGCCUUCUUUGCUGCCUUGCUCCAGAAGUCAUCCAAUCAUUGGUGGACGCAGGGCUGGCCAGAGCACUUGAUUGCGCGGAUUUAUGCUCUGCUUGACCAGAACCAUCGGCUUUGGAUCCGCUGGCCCAUAGAGGAGAUGGGUUGGAUUCCCCCGCCCUGA